AUGCCAUCGUACGUCCAGAUGGUGAAUUUCCUCCAGAACUAUGCUCGAGUCCUGCACGCAGUUUCCCCGGCCACAUUCGCUCUCUCUCCUCGCAACAAGCCCAAGCUUCCGCCUAAAUCAGCCGCAUUCCCAGUCGCAGCGCCGCCGAAGAUCGCAUCCAGUUCGACAUCUUCGAGUUCCAGUGCCAGCAAGUCGGAGAACCCCUGCGAGAAGUGUGGACAGGGGCACUACCUGUACCACUGUCCGGAAUUCCAGAAGUUGGACAUCGCGCAACGGACCGACCUGGUGAAACAAGAAAACAUCUGCCUAAAUUGCUUGCGCUCCUCCUCCCAUUUCGCCCGAACCUGUUCGGGCUCCCGCUGCCGCGUCUGCUCCCGAAAACAUCACACGCUGUUUCAAACGGACAGCAGCGAUACGAAGUCCACGUCCAGCACCCAGUCUGAAGAAUCUACCUGCUGCGUCGCUGUCGAAGAAAUGUGUCCAGUUCCGUCGAAUCAAGCGCAUUUGAAGUCCGUUGCACAAGUUCAAGCCCAGCAAUCGUGUACUCCUAGUACGUCAAUCGUUCCCUCUCUCCGUGUUCACGACAUUUCCGGGAAUCCCCAGUGCGCUUUGGUCUCGCAAUCCCAAGCCGUGAUCCCUGGAACCGUUUUUCUUCCAACUGCGCUCGUGAACAUCCGUAGCAGUAGAGGUCGCAUCUUUUCCGCACGAUGCUUGCUGGACUGUGCAUCCCAACGAAACUUCGUGUCUGCCGGACUCUGUGAGAAGCUCCAACUACCACGGACUCGUCUGCCACAGCCGAUGACAAUCAGCGGAAUUGGUAACACCACCACGCGCGUAGAGUACGAAGUAUGCGUGAGCGUUUCUCCCCGGAUUUCAUCUUUCUCCGUGAAAUGUUCGAUGCUGAUUCUUCCGUUGAUCACCGUGAAGCUUCCACAGUUCUCCGUUGACACCCGUCAAGUACCGGAGCACGUCAACCUCGCCGAUCCAACUUUCGCGGUCACCAGUAACAUCGACAUGAUUCUGGGAGCCGCCCACUUCUUCCGUGUCCUCCGCUAUGGCCGAAUCUCUCUCGGCAACGAUCUUCCGCUGCUCCAGAACACCGAAUUUGGAUGGGUCGUCUCCGGAGAGGGCAUGCUGGAAAAUCACGACCAUGAAGAUCCUCGUAACUGCCAGUUCAGCAAUCCCUGUACAAUCGACGAGCUAGUCAACCGCUUUUGGCAGCUUGAAGAGGUGCAGCAGUCAAAAGGCUGGUCUCCGUCCGAGCGAUACUGCGAGGAACACUUCGUCGAACACAUCGUCCGAAAUGCAGAUGGUCGCUACGUCGUCAAGCUCCCAAAGAGAGAAGAGUUGCUUCCCCGGUUAGACGAUAAUUGGUACAACGCUACGCGGCGGUUCUACUCCUUGGAACAAUCGCUGGCCAAAGAUCCAGAGAAGCAUGCCAUGUACCAAAAAUUCGUCCAUGAAUACCAAGCUCUCGGACACAUGAGGGAAAUUGAUCCCAACGAGCGAGACUGUAAAUCUCGCUACUAUGUUCCCCAUCACGCAGUCAUUAAGAUGGACAGCACCACUACCAAGCUCCGAACCGUCUUCGAUGCGUCUUGCCGGUCGAAAUCCGGUCUGUCUCUCAACGAUGUUCUCCUCGUUAGCCCCACCGUCCAAGACACCUUAGUCACGAUCGUCAUUCGCUUCCGAAUCACCGAAUUCGUCGUGUCGGCGUACAUUGAAAAAAUGUAUCGUCAGGUGCUAGUAUCGGAACAGGAUCAACCGCUGACUCGAAUAGUGUGGCGCGAUCAUCCGGAUCUUCCGCUGAAGAUUUACCAGCUACUCACCGUCACCUACGGCACCAGUUGUGCCCCGUUCCUGGCCGUCAGGACGUUGCAGAAGCUUGCCGACGACGAAGGAUAG